UGCCGCUACUGCUCCGCCUCCUGCUGCCGCCGCCGCUGCUGCUGCUACUCCUCCAUCUCCAGAUCGGAUCACGGUGAGGGAAAAAUGAGCGAGGAGACGGCGACUUCUGACCACGAUAAUAGUUAUGCACGAGUGCGAGCUGUGGUGAUGACCCGGGAUGACUCAAGUGGUGGAUGGUUACCACUAGGAGGAGGUGGACUAAGCUCUGUCACUGUCUUUAAAGCCCUUCAUCAGGAUGAUAACGGCAGUUGUGCUGACUUUAUUAUUCAUGGCGAGCGACUCAGGGACAAAACGGUGGUUUUAGAAUGUAUAUUAAAGAAGGACCUCAUUUACAACAAGGUCACCCCAACCUUUCAUCACUGGAAGAUUGAUGACAAAAAGUUUGGCCUUACUUUUCAAAGUCCUGCUGAUGCAAGAGCUUUUGACAGAGGCAUUCGAAGAGCUAUAGAGGAUAUUUCUCAAGAUUGUCUGACAUCACAGAAUGAAGUUGAAGUAGCUGAAGACAGCUUUCCAGUAACAGAAGAUGAUACUUCCAGCUCUCUAGCAAAAGAUCACUUUUUCCAACCAGAAACUGUUAUUACCAAUGAGCCCUAUAGAAGUUCAAAUAUAAGACCCUCACCUUUUGAAGAUUUGAAUUCUAGAAGAGUGUUCCUACAAAGCCAAGCUAAUCAAAUAGCAUUUAACCAGUCGGACUUGGACACUUCUCUUCAGAGCAGACCUGGUGAAUAUGUGCACCGGCAAGUUUCAAAAGAGUGUGGAAGUCUGAAAUCCCAAAAUCGGGCACCUUUGAAAACCAUCAGGCACGUCAGUUUUCAAGAUGAAGAUGAAAUUGUCAGAAUAAACCCUCGUGAUAUUUUAAUACGUCGUUAUGCAGAUUACAGGCAUCCUGACAUGUGGAAAAAUGACUUGGAGAGAGAUGAGACAGACUCUAAUAUUGAGUUUUCAAAAUCAGAGAGUAAAAAACCUGACUAUCUGUACUCUUGUGGGGAUGGGACUAAAUUAAAUGCGAUCAAAGACUCUGUGGUAUUUAAGACGCAGCCUUCCUCGUUAAAGUUUAAGAAGUCCAAAAGAAGAAAAGAGGACGGGGAGCGGUCCCGCUGCGUGUACUGCCAGGAGAGGUUUAACCAUGAAGAAAAUGGCAGGGGGCAGUGUCAGGACGCCCCCGACCCAAUUAAGAGAUGCAUAUACCAAGUGAGCUGCAUGCUCUGCGCCGAGAGCAUGCUCUACCACUGCAUGUCGGACUCAGAGGGAGACUUUUCGGACCCCUGCUCCUGUGACACCAGCGAAGACAAGUUCUGCUUGCGGUGGCUGGCGCUGGUGGCGCUGUCCUUCAUCGCGCCAUGCAUGUGCUGCUAUGUGCCCUUGCGGCUGUGCCAUCGCUGCGGCGAGGCCUGCGGCUGCUGCGGGGGCAAACACAAGGCCGCCGGGUGAAGCCGGCCCGGGCGGAGAGGGUCUGAAGUCUUUGUUUCCAGGAAUUAGCUAACUUGGAUUUGUGGAGGCUUUUGGCGAGCGGCGGGGCAUCUGGCCUGGCAUCCCGGGAGGCCAACCGGGGAAGAAGCCGCAGAACUCGUCAGUUCUUGCCAUUUCUCAGAUGCUAGCAGCCAUGCUGGACUGUUUCCUUCAAGUGCAUGGCCCGUUUUGUUGAAAGUUGUAAAGGAUUAUUUGAGAAAGGAAGCCAUUUCUAGCUAUUGGCAAUGUUAUAAGGGUGCAAACUCUGAUUCAGCUAAAAAGGAAUCAAUUUGGCAUUUUGUACAUUUAUGGCUUAGGUGAUGGGGAGGGAUCUUCAAAAAGAACUGAAUGCAUUUGACACAUAAUUAAACAAAAAAAAAUGCACUAGUGACGGUUGAUUUCAAACUAAGAAAAGUUAACACUUGACAGAUCUCAGAAAUGAAACUGAAGUGCAACUAAAUCAUUUAUUAGUUGUUUUUUUGGAAUCAGUUUUAUGUAUAAAUAACAAAUGUUUAUAUUUAACUAAGCAUAAGGUACGAAUUAUGACAUAAUAAACUUUUCUUCCCCUUCCUAUUUCUAUAGUAGAUACACUCAUAUCUGCUAUCACAUUCCAUAUUUUGAAUAUUUAACUCGUCUAGUUAGUUCCAUUUUUAUUCCACAAGAAUGAAUUGAUCUUUUCAUCUUCAUUUCCCUCCAACUGCAGUUUGUAUUGAGUUAUAUCUGUACAUUCUGGUAAUCUAAAACCUUUAAGAUAUUCUAAUAGUCUUGAGUGACCAAUUUUUUUUUUAAAGCACAGAUGUAAUUGUCUGAUGUUCUGAUGGGAACAUAACACUUAUUUUUAUAUAUAUAGAAAAGACUGAUUAAACAUUAUCAGAAAAAAAAGGGGGGGGGGGUUUGUGUUGUUCAACCAGCAAGUUGUUUUCUUUUGGAGUUUGCUCCUCUAAAAUAUUUAACUGCAUUUACAAAUGUUUAGUUAAAAGAUAUAACCAAAUAGUUAUAAUAAGAUGUUCUUUUGAUGUCUCCAUCUAUCAUUUUACCCAACUAGGAUCAUGUUCAGCUGUUUUAUUAAAAAUCUUUGGGCUUAAUCCUAGUGCUUGUCAUUUUACCCCACCCAUCCUCACCGCCCCCGCCCCCAUGGUAACAUCACUUUUUUCUGUUGCAGAACUUCAUUUUUAUUUGAACUGGCAAAAGCAUAAAUAAUAUCUUAUAAUAAAAUGUGGUGUGAUUUAAAAGCCUAAUCCAGUAGUAUAUGAAUGAAAUAUCUUAUAAGUUUUUUAAAAAUCUGCUGUGUAUUACUUACUGGAUAAUAACAAUUGGAUAAUGUUCUAACCUUGUGUUCCACGAAUCAUUUUUUGUAUUUUAGUAAUCAAUUUUAAUAAUUUUUUUAAAAUGUUACAUUAAAACUCUAAGUUGAGGGUGCUUUGGGAAGGAAUCUGGAAGGGGGAAUAGAGGGGAAAAGGAGAGGGAUUGAAAUUGACAAAAAUGUCCUUUUUAUGGCAUAUAGAGAUAUGAUAGGCAAUGAAAAUUAAAAAUCACACUACCUUUUGAAGCUCCUUUUCUAUGCAGGUUUUUACUGUCAUAUAUUUCUUUUUACAUAUCAUAUUAAAGCUUGUUACCUUCCUUUUCUUGCCCCAAGAUCAAACUGAACAAUGUAUAUAACACUAUCUGUCUGUAAGAUACUUUUUUUUUUAAAGAAAGCAUUUAUAUUUAUAUGACAGCUUGAACUGACAACAUUGUGUACAUAGAUCAUCUUGAAGUAUUAUUUCACAUUGAAAAGAAGACAAAUAUAUUGAUAACUAUAGAAGUUAUGAAAAAGAGCUUCUUUCUAGUUUUGUACUAAAUAUCAUUCAGAUGAGCUAAAUCCAAGAACAUUAACACUAUAGCAGCAGUCUUAAGUCUCAUUUUUACAAUUUAUAUAUUUGAAAGCUGCUAUUGUGGAUAAUUUUCACCCAUCACAUUUUCAGCUAAACUUGAUUUCCCAGAAUAGACUGUUAACUUUCAAAACUAUUCAUUGGUAAAAUGAGAGUGAUUGUUUUUUUUUUCCCUUGGGAAUGAGAUUUGUUAUUUGUCAGUGCUUAAGUUUCUGAUUCAGGUUUGAGCAAGGUGUGAACAACUGAAGAAAAGAACUUGCUGGCUGUAUAGGAAAAUGCUGUGGAAUUGUACUGUGUAUAUACUUUUGGGAAGAAACAAACUUAACAAUUUCCUCUGAGCACUAAUCAACAUAGUGCAACUCCUAUUCCUGUACUGUAUUUUAUAUGCAACAGAUAUGCUUUAAUAUUUUUAAUGAAUUUGUGCAUUAAUAUUUUCAAUUUGUUUAACCACUUUGCUGCUACAAUUUUGCCACCCCUUCCUUUUUCUUUCCUUUACAAUCUAAAACAAUUUGCUUCAUUAAAAAUUAUGAAUAUGGAUGUAACAGGUUAUUAUUUCAUCCUGGGUCUUUGUAAGUUAAUACACCCAGUUUCUCUGCCAAUAACAUGAUGAACAUAGGAAAAUCAAUCUAUGCCAUAAACUAAUGAUAUAAUAUAGUUGGAUCCUUAUAGAAGGACAGAUUAUGUUAAAUUAGCUGGACUGGUGACAUGGAAACAGAUACCUUUAUCAGUCCAUAAGUAUCCUCAUAUGUAGGGAAAUCAAACCUCUAAGUAAAUUAAGGACUGUUUAUUUAUACUGCCCAUUAAUGCUUCUGACAAUUGGACCUUCCUCUGAAAAGUUCCUUAGGUUUUUGUUUGUGAUGUUGAAAGUAGCCAGUACAACCUGCCAAGUGACAUGGAAAGAAACGAUCUCCUGAGGCCUACCUAUUAUUAUUGUGUAGUGAUGUCUCCUUAUCCUAGCCAUGCAGGGUAGAAAUGUUUGAUCUCUGAAGACUGCUCAGCCAUAGCACUUCAGCUCCACCUGCUGGAAUGACAUCCAUCCAGAAAAACCUUUGGGAAUAAAGGAUAUGAUAUACACCCCAGUAUUUACAGGUCAGGGACGAUUCAGAAAAGGCACUUUGGCCUCAGAACACCAGGAAUUAAAAAAUAUUUAGAAAAAGCUAAGUUUUUCCCCUUAUUGGUGAAGCCUAGAAAACUUUGUCAUUUCCCUUUUUUGAUUAUUAAUAGGGAAUAUAAACCAUAAAAGUUUCCCUUGAAAGGUAACAGAUUAUCUAGAACUGGCAACAUAGUAAAUAUCGAAUUCUUAUAUGGCCAGAUAUGAAACUCGUUCUGCUCUGAUAAUUUAUUUCUUGGCAGAAAGCUUAACCACAAAGAAUGUGUGCUGAAGGAAAAAUUUUUGAGAAUUUUGCCAGUGAUUGUGUUGUUGCAAAUUCAUUAGAGUAAGGGAUUUUGUGAGUGUGUAUGUAUGCGUGAGCGAGAAGGGAAAGUGAUGGUCCGAAGGUAGUAUGUAAAGGACAAAGGAUUGAAAUAUCUAGUUUUGUUGAUUAUGCAAACAGCUGUGCUCAUAACUAGCUCUUGAGGUAACACUAAAAUAAGUUGCACUUUCUGAUCAUGCUUAAAAUAUCUGUCAUUACUAGGGGCUUUUUUGAUUAAUUGAACAGCACAAUAAGGUGGUUUUUUUUUAAAUUGAGGUAAGAUCCAGAAUAUGACUAUUGGAUGAUUGAAACAGCAUCACAUGUCCUAAAAAACAUGCUUCACCUGUUAAUAUUUGUUGAAACUUUAUGACUGCAUCCUGUACUUUAUUCUAUAUAAUAUUGUUUAAAGUCCUAGCAAAUGGUCUGUUAAGCAAGCAUAUCAUUUUUCCUUCAUUUAAAAUAUAUAUAUAAAUAUAUACACGUGUGUGUAUAUAUAAUAUGUAUUUAAAUGUAAACAUUGGUCCCUUGAAAUAUCUGAAGACACUAGUGGCCCUCGCUUUUUUUUUGACUUAUACUUCAAUUGUUUUUCAAAAAAAGCCCUAGAAACUAGCACAAACAUACCUUUUUUUUUCUUUGUUCUAUCCCUCCUUAUGAUCCCCAUCUGUCUUGAGAUUGAACCUUAAAUUUUAAAGUGAUGCCAUUGUAAUGUGCUUUUCAAGCAAUUUCAUACAUGAAAUAAAACUAGACCACGGUGAUUGAUAGAAAGCAAAGAUGUUAAUAGGCCUUAAGCUACUGUUUGCUUUAGCAGCCACGUGGUUAUCAACUUCCGUAUGCUUUGGUGCACUGCUAAAUGUUAGCCUUUGUUCCUGAAAGCUUAAACUAAAAACUUUGUGAUUAAUUUUAAAAAUUCUAAAGCAUUGUUUAGUGUAAAACUCUUUGUAUUUGAAGCUGCACUAUAAAUGGUACAUAGAUUUUGUGAACACACUGCCUCUCCUUUUUGCAAAUAGUGCCAUUUGCUUUCUACCCUGACCUCAAAAAGUGCCUCACUUGUAUAUUAUUCCCAUUACCCUCAACUGCUUUCUUUAUAAUAAGCAAUGUAUGAUUUAGUUAAACUUGUCAUAGAUGUAUUUCCUUUUAUGUAUACAAAUAUAUAGCUUGGUACUUUUCAGUAUAUAAUGUACAUAUGCAUAUAUAAGUUUGUAACUUUUGUUACACCAUAUUUGUGUAAUUGGACAUAUCAGAUAAUAUCAUAAAAGUUUGUUUUUAAUGGUCCCCACCCUGUAAUUACUGAUUAAACCAAUCAUAAAAUUAAAAAGGGUUUUUUUUCCUCAAUGUCAUGAGCCUGUUUACACUGACAAAUGAAGUGUUAGUUAAUAAUCAAGAGUAAAAGAGCUUUUAAUCAUGCUUUUUUAAAAUUAAAAUUAUUUAAGAAUUAUAUUGUUUUAAAAACCCAAAGUUCAUUUAAACUUCACCUCAAAUAGCUAGUUCCUUAUUGAUUAUAUUACAACUUUUUAAAGCCAUAAUGAAUGCUAUAUUUCCAUUCACUGACAAGGGAAGAAAUUAUCAUUAAUUCUUUAAAAUCAAUUUGGGAUCAUUUAUAACAAACUUCAAAUCCUAGGUUAGCACGUUGACUCUCAACCAAUUCUUUCUACUGUCAGUUGGCAUUUAUUCAAGUAAUAUAACCUAGUUUUAUUAGUUGCUUAAAUGAAGUAUAAUGGGGAAGAGGUUUUUGUUUGUUGUCCUUCUGAACCUGUGAUUUCUUCAGUAAUUAAACUCCAAAUUUGGGGUCAUAAAAAACUCCCUGGUAUAUCAAAAGGUUAAGUGACUUAAAUAUUCCUGAAUUCAAAGCUAAUAGCCCUUUUUCCAUUCUACUUUUUAAUUAGGAAGAUAAAACUACAAUAAAAAAAUACCAUGUAAUACUUUCCAAGGAUAAACUUUUGGUUUAUGCAUGCCAUUGCUGGCCUUUGAAUCAAGAGAUAGUUCAGAACUGACUUUUAGGCUUGCCUUAUAUUAUUGAAUCUUGUUAUAUAAAGCAACUUUUUGAUAUUUUUAUUAUUUUUAUUACUAAGUUUUCAUAAACAUAAGAUUCCUUUAUCUAAGAUAAUAAUUAAUGUUUGCCAAAGAAGAUGAAAACAGAUCUGCUACAACUUGAUAAUGAAAAUGUGUUACAAAUAAAGAUAAUGCUUAAAUUAAAAGUAAUUCUUGCAAAACUUUUUCGACUAGCCUACCAAUCAAUUUUUUUGAACUUGCUUUAGAUUCUCUCUUAGGAAAUUCUGGGCCUGAUUCCCAAAAGUCAGAUAAUUUGAUUCUGAAACUCAUUUCUAUUUUUCAAAGAAAAAAAAAAGCCAACAGUAAGGUUUUCAAUUAAGCUUUUUCAGUAGAGGAAAAGUCAUAUUUAAGUGAAUUUAAUGGAAUAUGCAUUGUUGAAAUUAAAUAUUGUUAAAAAUGAAGAUUGCAGAAAAACAUUUGACUCUUGCUUGCUAUAAUGAAUCAACAGGUGAAAAGAAUGUAAUAAGUAAAUAUAAAUAGUAUUAUGUGCACCUUACCUUCAUCCCUUCUCUCUUCUAAGAAUGCUGGGGUGUGAUAUUUGUCAUGGAGUGUCACUUAACGAAUUUAAAAAAUUUUAGGUUUUCAUGCAGAGAUGGUUUAAGGUUAAAAAAAGUUCAUGGGGUAAUUGCUGCUUGAUCAAGGAUUAUAUGAUUUAGCAUUAGUAGGUAUCUUAGAGAUUGAUCAUUUAGUCUCAUUUCCUCAUUUAACAGAUAAAGAAAUUGAGGUCCAGAAAGAUGAAAUUACUGACUUAUCCAAGAAACUUAAAGGUAAACCCAGGACUAGAAUCAGGGCUUCCCUAGUUCUAGUCUAAUACUUUGUUACACAAUUGAUGGCAAAAUAAAAGAAGUAAAAAUUCCUCAUGUUACACAUUGCACGUGAUUUUGGAUUCUCAAUAUAUUAAUUGUGCUGAUUUUUUUUUCUUCUAAAAAAUACUAUUUGUCAUAUUGGAUGACUGGAAGGGGAGAGUAGAAGGAUACUAUGGAUUACUUAUGAUGAUGUAAUGUCAAUAAAAUAUCAAUAAAAUUUGCUAAAAUA